AAUUCCAUAUACGCUCAGUUACGUAUCAAGCUACUGUGUAUGUUAUGUUCAUAAAAAUGUUUUGGUGUGUCUUACUAUUGUUUUCAACCAUUUCGUACACGGCCGAGAGCGCUAAUAUAUUGUUUGUCACCACAAUUCCUUCCCACAGCCAUCAGGUAGUCUUCCAACCAGUAUGGAAAGAACUUUCCUUGAGAGGUCACAAUGUAACUGCAUUAGCUUUGAGUCCUCUGAACGACAAAUCACUAACCAAUCUCACCGAGAUAGAUCUGAGCUAUAUCUUCAAGCUGAGGAAGAGGGUUCCUAAGGAAUACAUCAAAUACGUAUUCCAAAAACCAACCUUCCUCAUGGUGUUCAUUAGGGAGAUAUUAGGAGUCGAUUUCGUUAUAAAAUUGCACGAGAACAUCUUAAGCCAACACUCUGUGAUGAAGCUCAUCAACGAAGAUUACAAGUUCGAUGUCGUUGUUGCAGAGUGGAUUUACCCUCUCGCUGGAGCUUUUGCAACGAGGUUCAACUGCCCCUUGGUCGGUAUCACCUCACUUGGAGCCCCACUAACUCUAUUAGAUACCGUGGGAAAUCCAUCUCAUCCGAUUUACGCUCCUGACCAUAAUCUGCCUAUUGGACGGGAAUUGUCCCUUUAUGACCGAAUUCUUUCGACUCUCUAUUCGGUAUUCGCAAGAACUUUGUAUCACUGGGUUGGGGCUCCAAAGAUCGAUGCCAGCAUGAGGAAAUUUUUCGGAGAGGACAUGCCAUAUAUUGAAGAUAUAGCCAGGAAUAUUAGUGUCCUGCUUCUGAAUAGAAACCCUGUUUUCCAUAAAAUUAUGCCUGUUGUGCCGGCUGCAAUUGAACUUGGAAGAGUGAGAUCUUUCGGUAAAGUUAAACCACUGAAUCCAGAAUUGAAGGAAUUUUUGGACAAUAGCAAAAAUGGCGUUGUUUACUUUAGUUUGGGAUCGAACACCUUCAGUUGUGACCUACCAGACAAUGUAAGAGAAAUCUUAGUGAAGGUCUUCGAACAGUUACCUUAUAAUGUGGUAUGGAAAUGGGAAACAGAGGUUCUUCCAGGAAAACCGAACAACGUUUUCGCUCAGAACUGGAUAUCUCAGGCAGCAUUACUAGCCCAUCCAAACGUCAAACUUUUCAUCACACAGGGAGGUCUACAAUCUAUGGAGGAAACGAUCAACCAUCACGUUCCAGUGAUUGGCAUACCAUUCCACUCUGAUCAAACAAUGAAUGUGGAUACGGCAGUGAAAUACGGUUUUGGACUCAGGAUCGAAUUAGAAGAUUUGAGCAUUGAAGGAUUGAAAUCGGCUAUUCAUGAGAUUAUGACUAAUCAGAGUUACAAGGAAAAUACUGCCAAAAUUGAGAAGCUAAUGAAUGAUAUACCGAUGGAAGGACUGGAUAAAGCGAUUUGGUGGAUAGAGUAUGUGAUCAGGCAUAAAGGUGCAAGGCAUCUACGAAGUCCUUCCUUAGAUAUACCGUGGUAUCAGUAUUUCCUUCUCGAUGUGAUUGCUUUCAUUGCACUUGUGUUGAGUAUUUCUAUGUAUAUUUUGAUAAAAGUCAUAAAACUAACAAUAAGGUCUGCGAAAAAAUUGUUAACUAAUGAGAAACAGAAGAAACAAUAAACUUCGAAAAAGC